UUUCAGCGGAAGGAUACAAAUUCCCUGUUUUUUUGCGCUGGGGAUACGUUACUAUACUAUUUUACCAUGAAGCAGCCGCUACAAAAACUAACCGACGCCGUGGCACUCGCUUUCCAAAGUGAUACCAUGACCUGCUACAGUCUUUUCUAAAUGUUUUUGCUCAGUGAAGUUGUUGUUUUUAGGUAAGACAUAAGUUUGGGCUUUUUUACUGUAACCCACGUUUAUAACAAUAACAUGGAGGCAGCCGCGUCAAGCUUUCGACCUCAUGCGGGACUUCAGCAAACUCUGAAGCAGUUCCAUCUGAGCUCGAUGAGCUCGCUCGGCGGCCCAGCGGCGUUUUCAGCCCGCUGGCAACACGAAGCUCCUUUCGAAAAACAAGAUAAGAAGAGCGCGGAACUACCACUCUUGUCCAGCCUGAGCACACAAACUCCGCCUGUGCUGCCCGGACCGCUGCUCAUUGUGCCGGACCGUUCCAUUGAGCGCUGCGAGACCGUGUUGGAACGGGAGACCAUCUCGUGCUUCGUGGUGGGCGGCGAGAAACGCCUGUGCCUGCCGCAAAUCCUAAACAGCGUGCUGCGCGACUUUACGCUGCAGCAAAUCAACGCAGUGUGCGACCAGCUGCAUAUCUAUUGCUCCCGCUGCACGGCCGAGCAGCUGGAGAUCCUUAAGGUGAUGGGCAUCCUGCCCUUCUCGGCGCCGUCAUGUGGCCUCAUCACGCAGACCGACGCAGAGCGCUUGUGCAACUCGCUUCUUCACGGAGGCUCUUUGCCGCCUUGUCUUGACAAGGAGCUGUUGUGUUCCUCCGGCGAGCAAGAGCGCACCGAUCGAGCCUUUAAGAUCUACCACGAGUGCUUCGGCAAAUGCAAGGGCCUGUUCGUGCCCGAGCUGUACACGAGCCCGCAUGCGGCGUGUAUCCAGUGCCUAGACUGCAGACUCAUGUUCCCCACGCAGAAGUUCGUAGUGCACAGUCACAAGCGCUUGGAGAACCGGACAUGCCACUGGGGCUUUGAUUCAUCCAGCUGGAGGGCCUACAUCCUCCUGGAUCAAGAUUACACAGAAAAAAAGAAGGCCGCACUGCAGCAACUCCUCAAAGAGUUAAAGGGAAAAUUUGACCUUUCAAACAAGCUCAAAAGCUCAUCAUUCAUGACAUACAGUCCAAUUCCAGCCAAAAAGUCCAAACAGGAGCUUUUACGUUCCCCAUCUGAGGACAAAGAAAAGCAAGUUGAAUGGUUACAGUCUCUGGCCACGUCAGCAAACAAGGAUUUCAAGCAACUUCAGUUUAAACAGAGACCGUCAGCCUUUCGACCGUGGUCUCCCAGGGUCCCAUCUGACAAAAUUGCAGUGCCCACUCACAAACAUGAGCGAUCCCUCCCAAAAGCUUCAGAGAGUUUGGCAUCACCUUUAGACAAACAGUGGAAGGAUGAGCAGCCCCUGCAGUCAGUUUCCGGAGGCUCCCAGCCAAGCGACAGCCAUAUCACCAGGCCAACCAAGCGCAGCCCAUCUGGAGAGGCACAGACAAAGCCUGCAGCCGUCCUUGCCUGUCCCUUGCAGGAUCACUCUGAUUCAGAUGGUGAGAUUGAAGUGGACAACAACAAAAAUGGGCCUCACUCCAACUUGUCCACUGAUGGAGCCGUUGUGCAAAAGUGUGGGGGCAAGCUUAAACCAACAUCUUCUCCAGGCUCAGAGCUGGAAGCUCUGAAGCAGACACUGUUUAGUGACCUGGGGUCCAGAGAGGCUCGGGAGAAAUUGCUGCAAGAGAUUGUUCACAUGAGGGUUAAACAAGAGGAAAAGCUUGCAGCGGCGCUCCAGGCCAAGUGUGACCUCCAGCAGGAGCUGGAGUUUGUACGGGUGAGUAAGAAAGGCCGGCUGCGAGAGGCCAUCGAAGCCAAGCGUAACCUGCGCAAGGAGAUAGAUCGGCUGCGUGCUGAAUGUGACAGGAAAGUGUCUGAUGCCAAUGAGUCAUGUCGAAGACUCAAGAGGGAGCUGGAGCGUGAGAGGCAGCUGCGAAUGUGUGACAAAGUCUGUGAGCCAGACAGUCUAAGGGCCAAAUACUCCACACAGAUUGAGGAGCUGCAGGUCAAGCUGCAGCAGGCUGAGGCAGAUCGGGAGCAGCUACGUGAGGAGUUGCUGCAAGAGCGUGAGGCCAGACAGAAUCUAGGGAGAGUAGUGCUUGAGCUUCAGCAACAGCUUGGCAGCCAAAAACAUCACCAAGAAAGCCAACAGCAGUCAUAGCAAGACAAGCAAGAGAUUAUUGGGGUUGCUGACACUUCAAUAGCAGUGCUGCAGGACACAGGAUGCUUGACUUCCUAAUAAGCCUCAUUUUUGCAAACACAAUGAGUGUAUGUGUGUGGGAGUAUUUUUUUUGGAGCAAAAUAGCUAACAUUAUACAAAUACAUGUAUAUUGGCUAUUCGUUUAUGAACAGUUACAGAAACAGUAAUGGUGAGUGUGUUGUAUGAACGUUAUGCACAGAGCUGAAAUGAGGCACAGAGCUGGUUCAGUUCCCUUAACAACAAGCCCUGAAUCUACCCAUCAAAACACAAGACAAUGAUGAGGAGAACACUCCAGGAAGGCAUAAUUCUAUGAACUGACACCUUCAGUUAGUUUUUUUAAAGCUAAUUCAAGGAAUUUAUUUUCAUAUAAGCUACUUAAAACAUACUUGAAAAUAAGAGGAAACAAAAAGGGUUGCUCUGGUAGUGAAAUGACAGUAGCAGAUGUAAAAACUGCUAGUGCCACUGAUCUGUAAACAAGAAGUUAUUACAAAACCAGAAAAUUAACUGGACACACAAUUGUUUAUAAUGUUUAUUUUAUGUUCAUUUUGAUUCUAUCCAAAUAUUUUGCAUGAGAAUCAGUACUUAUGUAUGUCAUAGGCAGGGCUUUCAUUUAAAAUU